UCUGCACCUUAACUAUUCUUCAGCUUGUGGGUCGCCCACCUUGGGGGUAUGGGGCCCGGUUAUAUUGUGAGCACGCCCCUCCUGCCGUCCUGCUGUGGGUCCCUCUUUGUUUCCAGUUGAAGACGAUCUUUGCUAAGUUUCAGUCUCUCUUCAGUGGUUGUCUGCAGUCAGCUGUGGUUCUGUUGUAGUUGCAAGGGGAUGCGAGCUCGUGGUCCUACAAGGGUUGGUGUUUCAACCAAUUCUCCGGCUCAGAGCCCCUCCCACUUCCAGGGGAGCGCAGACUGUGCCUCCCUAAGCCCUGGGGGUCAUCAGUACACACAGCGGCACCUCAGCUUCCCUCUGUGACCUGAGGCUUAGCGGCCGGGAUCACAGCUCCCAGCACAAUGACUCUCCCCGUCUUGGGGAUAGGCCUUCCUGUGGCAACCAGUCCCUUAUGUGGAACGAACAGGUUUGGGAGGGGACCUGGCUCAACCAUGUGAGCAGGACUGCAGUUUUACCCAGAAGCCCCUACCCUCACUUUCCCUGAGGGGAGACUGAACCCACGGAAGGCAGAGGGCAGGAGCUGGGAGCCCAGGGGCUCUGUGCACGUGCAGCGGAUGCUGUCUAGCCCGAGUCCCCAGCGGCCCUCCAUCCCCCCUGCUCCAUGCCAGGCCCUGCGAUAGCCACAGCUGAGCCUGUUGGACAGGGCUGUGCCUUGGUGGGCGAGUGUGGGGUGUGGAGUGCUGGGCUAUGAGAACUAGGAACAUCCCAAGGGGUGGACACAUUCUGGGAGAAAGGAAGGAACGUGCAAAGGCCCUGUGGUGGGGGAAAAAAACAGAUCAUGUCUGAGACACUGAUAAGGAGGAGGGAAGCAGAAAAGGGAGGGGGUGGGGACAGCCGGGGAUGGUCCUGCUCCGACCAGAGCCUGUAUGUCCUUCCCGCUGUGCAGUGGGCAGUGGGCAGUGGGGGGAGGGUGCCCUGCCUAACUGGACUUCCAGAGGAUCCCUCCAGCCGCCUGGUUUCAGUGAUUCAAGGUCGGGCCUGAGCAGUGCUAGCGACCAGGCAGGCAGGGACCCAAGGGGCUAGGUGCAUUGGGAUAAGGUUCCUGGCAGGGAUCAGAGUGGAGGUCCCAGCCUGAUCGAUGUGGGCCGAGGGUCCUGUGGGCCACAGCGGGAGGACAGAGCAGGGGCACUGCAGCCGGGCCUGCCUUGUGGUGGGCAGAGCCGGGGUCAGAGGAGGGACCGGGAUGAAGGCAGGACUGGCUGAGGGUGGCGCCCACCGAGUGGCCCUGGGGAUCAGGGAGGAGCAGUCUACCCAGUGCACAGCUGACCCCACGGGGGCUCUGGCCAGGUGCUGGGAGAGGCCCCAGCUUGGAAGUUGCCUGAGAGUGGAGGCACUGGGGAGCCUGUGAGGGGAGGACAGGUGUGUAGGGGUCACUGGGACGGUGAUCUCGGCAGCCAGGAGAGGUGGGAGCCCUGGGUGAGGACGGGGCCUUGCCAGCAGCAGAGGGUGGGUAGUUACAGGGGCUGUGGGAGUGGGUCGACCCCAGGUCAGGCACUGGGCCAGGAGGGAAGGGUGGGGGCGGGCAGCAACACACAGGGGCUGAGGGCAGCACCUGGGGCCGCUUCUGCCUCUGGCAUUCAGCCCAACCCCCUCCCGUCCGGUGUCCAGCCAGGAGCCUGGGUCUGCCCUCUGCCCUCCCUUCCCUCCCUGGGGGCAGGGGAGGUGGCGGCCUGGGUGGGUUUAAAACAGGCGAGCCUCCUUCUAGGCAAGGUCAUAAAAAUAGCGGAAUGGCAGAAAAGCCUGGCCAGCACCCAAAGCAGCAUCAGGGUCUGGGGGCAGCUUGCACAACAGCCCAAGGCCUGCUGGCCCCUGCCUGCCCAGAGAUGGCUGUCUGUGGCGCAGCCUGCUCCCUGACUGCAUAGGCAUCGGCCAGGCUGGGACAAGGUCCACGGCAUGGUGUCUGGCCAGGCUGGUGCCCCUGCAGUGGCGCCUUCCCUGACCUUCCAGGCUGCCCUGGGGGCCCUCCCUGAGCAGGCCUGCGCCGCACCUGCCUGUGUCCACAGCAGCCCGCAGCCAGCUGGGCACGUGGUGGGGACAGGCCUGAGUGGGGCCAGGGAGCUGCGGGAUGGGGUGAGUCCAGAGGGGCCUGUGGCCACCGCCCACACCCAGCCUCUGCCCCCAGGAGAUUGUGGACUGGUUCAACGCGCUCCGGGCCGCACGCUUCCACUACUUGCAGGUGGCCUUCCCCGGGGCCAGCGAUGCGGAUCUGGUGCCGAAGCUCUCCAGAAACUACCUUCAGGAAGGCUACAUGGAGAAGACGGGGCCCAAGCAGACAGAAGGCUUCCGGAAGCGCUGGUUCACCAUGGAUGACCGGAGGCUUAUGUACUUCAAAGACCCCCUGGACGCCUUCGCCCGUGGGGAGGUCUUCAUCGGCAGCAGGGAGAGCGGCUACACGGUGCUCGAUGGGCUCCCGCCAUCCACCCAGGGCCACCACUGGCCGCACGGCAUCACCAUCGUCACGCCCGAGCGCAGGUUCCUGCUGGCCUGCGAGACGGAGUCAGAGCAGCGGGCGUGGAUGGAGGCGCUCCGGACGGUGGUGGACCGGCCCAUGCUGCCCCAGGAGUACGCAGUGGAAGCCCACUUCAAACAUAAACCCUAGCGAGAGAUGGCCGUGGGAGCCCGAGGACGCGGACUCACUGGAUGUGGCCGGCGAGGAGGCAGCAGCCAGUGAAGGAGCGAGCCCUUGGCGCGGCCAGGUGGGGCCUGAGCUUUCGCCACUAGGACCUGUUUCCCUAGAACCCCACUGCGGGCCGGCCCGGACUGACCUCUGACCCCAUUCUGCUGCUGCCCCCCGACGUGACGCCCACUCCCUCCCUGCCCGCUGGCUCACUGUUCCUGAGGCCCCAGCCUGGCCCCCAGCGGCCCCUGCCCACCUGAGCACCAGGAGGCCGGGCUGUGGGGACAGCGGGCCGGCCCGCAUGCCCCCCAUCCUGCCCCGUGUCCCCGCCUCCCCCCACAACAAGUAUUUAUUGAGCACUUGCUGUGUCAGUCGUGGGGUCCUGGGUGCUAGAGUGGAGGACGUGGGCCUCGUCCUCAAGAAGCCGACUGGCGUGUGCGUGUGGGUCCUGGCGCUGACCGCUGGCCUGCCCUCAGUCCCGGAACGCUGGGGGGAUGGAGGCCCUGUGUGCUGCUGGCUAGCGCUCUAGCGCUCACUGCCACCGAGCCUCUCCCGGGUGCCGUCCCUGAGAACA